AUGUCGGGGGGUUUGGGACGACUGCCAAGCGAGGAAGAAUCUGAGGAUAGUCUGUGGAGUGUGCCGGACAAUGCUGCUGGACCAGGAUAUGCUCCAAUGGCACCCAGUGAUCGGUGGCUAGACGGACUAUCAACAAAGGUCGGCGACUGUGUGCUGUACCGCGGUGAAGCAUGUCGCGAGUAUCUUACUGGACGCCACAUUCUGAUCACAAGCGACAAUCGAGAAGAUCUGUACGAUGUCGAUCGGAAUUUACGAGCGGCGAUGAUGUUCAUUAACAAUAGCCCCGAUAUAUCGGCCCAGUGCAAGCAUUACUCACAUGCUGUUGCAUGCUAUCACAUGUACAAAGCAGAAUUGUGUCCAAAGGAACUGGCACUAGCAGCCGAGCACGAUCUUGUUGGUGACGACCCGAAAGCUCUGCUACCCAAAUGCCAGUCACUGGAUCCGAAGGCUGAUUACUGCAUUCCGAUCGUCAAUGUUCCAGAGUCGGGGACUGGCAGUAGUGAAUCAUCAUUCGGUUCCUCCAAGGACUCAUCACCUCACUGGUGCUAUGUGGAUAGUGGUAAAACCUAUGAGGGCAGUGUUUCAUCAACAAAAUCCGGCAAAAGAUGUAUGAAUUGGACGCAGAGCACUUCCAGGUACAAUCACUGA